AUAGAAUUUUAAAACAUAAGCCAAUGACUAAUUUACCCCUAUCAAGACAAGCCUAGAACAACAUCGUAGACAUCGUCGUGUCUCUCUCUCGGUGAAUCCUUGAUCUUUUCUUCAAUCUCUCUCGACCUGAUCGUUUUCGAAACCGCACGAUUCUAACCAAUUCCAGGUGACAAAUCAGCUCCGCUUAAUAAUGGCUUCGUCAAUGUUAUCUCUCGGUUCAACACCUCUAUUACCGCGCGAGAUUAACAAGGAUAAGCUAAAGCUUGGAACUUCCAGUUCGAACCCGUUCCUAAAAGCAAAGUCUUUUAGCAGAGUGACUAUGACGGUUGCAGUCAAGCCUUCUCGUUUCGAGGGUAUAACUAUGGCUCCACCUGACCCUAUUCUUGGAGUCAGUGAAGCAUUCAAAGCUGACACUAACGAGAUGAAACUCAAUCUUGGUGUCGGGGCUUAUCGUACUGAGGAACUCCAGCCUUAUGUGCUUAAUGUUGUUAAAAAGGCAGAGAAUUUGAUGUUGGAGAGAGGAGAUAACAAAGAGUAUCUUCCAAUUGAGGGGUUGGCAGCAUUCAACAAGGCUACUGCCGAGUUGCUAUUUGGAGCUGGUCAUCCUGUUAUUAAGGAACAAAGAGUGGCAACAAUUCAGGGUCUUUCGGGAACAGGGUCGUUGCGAUUAGCUGCGGCUCUUAUAGAGCGUUAUUUUCCUGGAGCAAAAGUUGUGAUAUCAUCACCAACCUGGGGUAAUCACAAGAAUAUCUUCAAUGAUGCCAAAGUUCCAUGGUCUGAAUACCGCUACUAUGAUCCCAAGACAAUUGGUUUGGAUUUUGAGGGAAUGAUAGCAGAUAUAAAGGAAGCUCCAGAAGGAUCUUUCAUUUUGCUUCAUGGAUGUGCUCACAACCCAACUGGAAUUGACCCAACCCCAGAACAAUGGGUAAAAAUUGCUGAUGUCAUUCAGGAAAAGAACCACAUCCCAUUUUUUGAUGUUGCAUACCAGGGCUUUGCUAGUGGAAGCCUUGAUGAAGAUGCAGCAUCUGUGAGAUUGUUUGCUGAGCGGGGAAUGGAGUUUUUUGUUGCUCAGUCAUAUAGUAAAAAUUUAGGUCUUUAUGCAGAAAGAAUUGGGGCAAUCAAUGUCGUGUGCUCAUCAGCUGAUGCUGCUACAAGGGUCAAGAGCCAAUUGAAAAGGAUUGCUCGGCCUAUGUACUCGAACCCACCAGUUCAUGGGGCGAGAAUUGUUGCCAAUGUCGUGGGUGAUGCAACAAUGUUCAGUGAAUGGAAAGCAGAGAUGGAAAUGAUGGCAGGAAGAAUAAAGACGGUGAGACAAAAGUUGUAUGAUAGCCUUGUUUCAAAAGACAAGAGCGGGAAGGACUGGUCCUUCAUCCUGAAGCAAAUUGGCAUGUUCUCUUUUACCGGGCUAAACAAAGCUCAGAGCGAUAACAUGACGGACAAAUGGCAUGUGUACAUGACUAAAGACGGGAGGAUAUCAUUGGCCGGAUUGUCUCUGGCGAAAUGUGAGUACCUUGCUGAUGCGAUCAUCGACUCAUACCAUAACGCCCUGUUGUAUUGGGAGACCCCCAUCGAGUUAUAGAAGAAUUUUACUUGUUACGGUUGUAAUUGUUGUUACAUUGUAAUUGAUAUUACGAUGAAACUUGCUCGGACGGAUCGUGUUUGGUGUA